UAUGGACCAAUGAAAGCUUACCUAACAUCUAAAGCAUCCCCGAAGACGACGCCAUUGACAAGAACCAAGAAAGAACAUAUCCCAAGUCUCGAAAACUAAAAUAAAAUGGCAGACAACGAAAAUGAAGCUGAACUUUUGGACUACGAAGAGGAAGAGAAUGAAGCUACCGCUGAUGGAGCAGGGGAUGUCCAGCAACAAAUAAAGAAAGACGUUAAGGGAACAUAUGUGUCCAUCCACAGUUCUGGAUUCAGAGAUUUUCUUCUGAAACCAGAGUUGCUGAGGGCCAUUGUUGACUGUGGUUUUGAGCAUCCUUCAGAGGUUCAGCACGAGUGCAUUCCUCAAGCAAUUUUGUCUAUGGAUGUGUUAUGCCAAGCGAAGUCUGGUAUGGGAAAGACUGCUGUGUUUGUACUGGCGACACUUCAGCAGCUGGAGCCUGUGGACGGGCAGGUGUCUGUGUUGGUUUUGGCACACACUAGGGAACUGGCUUUCCAGAUCAGCAAGGAGUAUGAGCGUUUCAGCAAGUACAUGACCAGCACAAAGAUAGCUGUUUUCUUCGGUGGAAUGUCCAUUAAGAAAGACGAAGAGGUCCUAAAAAAGAACUGCCCACAUAUUGUAGUGGGAACCCCAGGGAGGAUCCUAGCACUUGUACGGACAAAACAACUCAUCCUGAAGCAUGCCAAGCAUUUCAUUUUAGACGAAUGUGACAAAAUGUUGGAAGAACUUGACAUGAGGAGAGAUGUCCAGGAGAUAUUCAGAGCAACCCCCCAUGAGAAGCAGGUCAUGAUGUUCAGUGCCACCCUCAGCAAAGAUGUCAGAUUAAUCUGCAAGAAGUUUAUGCAAGAUCCUAUGGAAGUGUAUGUGGAUGAUGACUCCAAGCUCACCCUUCAUGGUCUGCAGCAGCACUAUGUCAAACUGAAGGACAACGAAAAGAACCGAAAGCUAUUUGAGCUUCUUGAUGUUCUUGAAUUUAACCAGGUGAUCAUCUUCGUAAAGUCCGUCCAGAGAUGUAUGGCCCUGGCACAGUUGUUGGUGGAGCAGAACUUCCCCGCUAUCGCCAUCCAUAGAGCCAUGACACAGGAGGAAAGAUUAUCUCGUUAUCAGCAGUUUAAGGAUUUCCAGAAAAGAAUCCUGGUAGCCACAAACUUGUUUGGACGAGGAAUGGAUAUUGAGAGAGUAAACAUUGUGUUUAACUACGACAUGCCCGAGAAUUCUGACACAUAUCUACACAGAGUGGCACGUGCAGGAAGGUUUGGUACCAAAGGUCUUGCCAUCACAUUUGUCUCUGAUGAGAAUGAUGCCAAGGUGUUGAAUGAUGUUCAGGAGCGAUUUGAGGUCAACAUCACAGAACUACCAGAUGAGAUUGACAUCUCAUCAUACAUUGAGGGUCGGUGAACAUGUCAACACCAUUCUACAGUGAAUCAACUUCGCAGGACUCUUCAUUUGUACAGUGUAAAUAAUAUUUUGUUCACUUCUCAUAAAAUAUCAUAGUGACUCGUCGUCUUCAUCUGCCUCGUAUAUUCAUCAAGACUGUGAUUUCUAAACUGGAAAGUGUGAUACAUGAGGAAAAUCAUGAUAAUGACCAAUUCUGGAUUCUCAGCAAUUUGUAGAGAGAAUCAGGAAGACAAGAAAUGUACUUUUGAAGAACAAAUUUAUUUUUUGUUUGUAUUGGGGUUUCCUCAUAGUAACAAGAAGUUAUGGAGGAGAAAAAAUGAAUAAAAAAAGACUUUGGAUACAAA